AGUGAAAAUUUUCGCACUACUUUAAUUAGUUCGGUCUUGUGAUAAUUAAAACAAUGGUGGCAAAAUUUGUAACAGUAGUGCUUGUUUUGGUCUGCUUGCAAAAAGUGGCCAGUCAUGGUAUGAUGAUGGACCCAACAAACAGAGCUUCUCGGUGGAGAAUAGAUCAGAAAGCCCCGAUUAAUUAUGACGAUAAUGCUUUCUUUUGCGGAGGUUUUGCGGUUCAAUACGAGCAAAACGGAGGUAAAUGCGGAGUCUGUGGUGACAACUACGCCGAUCCCGUCCCCAGAAGCAACGAAAAUACGGGUAAAUUUGGAAAUGGUGUUGUUUCAAAAACUUACAAAGCCGGAAGUGUUGUCACUACUUCCAUUACUCUUACUGCGAACCAUCUUGGUAGUUUUACCUACAGUUUGUGCGUCUUGGAAGAUCCCACUAAACCUGAAACCGAAGAUUGUUUUGUCGAUUUGCCGCUAGCUGAUGGUUCCUCGCAACAUCCUGUCAGUGCUGAUGAGUACCAAAUCACAAAUCAAGUACAAUUGCCAGCAGGAGUUAUCUGUGAUAGAUGUGUCUUAAGAUGGCAUUACAAGAGCGGAAAUUCUUGGGGAAUUUGUACUGAUGGUACCCAAAAGAUGGGCUGUGGGGCCCAAGAAACAUUCCGGUCGUGCGCUGAUAUUGCAAUUGUAUCUUGAAAUUCUUUGCCACAUAUUGUAAAAAUAACAAAAAAUCUCAAUAAAAAUUAUAAACAUUA